AUGACAGCAACUUCCUUAGAAUGCAAACGGUAUUAUGCUAUCACCAAAAAAAUACCAAAAGAUGUUAAACGGUACUGUGGUAUGUGUCGUCAACAUAAUUUAGUCUUGGAAACUCGUGGACACAAUUGUCCAUACAAAAAUUGUAGCUGUUCUCAGUGUUCACUGGUAAAACAACGACGAAAAAUUAUGCGAACACAAAUUCGACUACGACGAGCACAAGAGAAACGAUUUCAACGAACCAUGGAACCACAAGAAAAUUCCAAUAAAGAAAUACUUCUUACGGCUAAAAAUAUGUGUUAUUUUUGUCAAAAAUGUAAAAAUCAUGGCGUGUUAAUGUGGAAGAAAGAUCAUAAACGACUAUGCAGAUAUUUGAACUGUGACUGUGAGCAGUGUGUUUUAAUUGAAACACGACGUCAAUUAGACCAAAACCUUAAAAAAUCCAAAAACAAGACUUCUAGAUGUAUCAAAAAAGGAGUCAUUGAAUAUGGUGCUAAAUUUUCCUUCUUGCUUUUGAUAUUGAUCUUAGCGCUACAGAUGACUGCACCUGGUGGAAUGUUUUUGUUGCCUGCAGAUACCAUAAAUAAUUACACCAAUUCCUUAACACUUCUACAGCAACCUCAGUACACUAUUGGCACUGUGGGUACACUGUUAACAAAAUCUUCUCCAACAGUCAUCUUUUAA